GAAGGCCAUUUUGUCAUAAUAAAUUAGUGAUUUUAAAUGUAAGAAUUAAACUGAAACUCAAUUAAAUUUUUAAGGAAUUCAUUGUUAAAAUUAGAAUUUUAAGAACUAAAUGGGAAUUAAGUACAAACUUUUAAGGGUGUAAAUGCUUUGGGUGCCAAACCAUUGUAGAUUUGAUUGAUUUGGGCUGGUCAGCCCGCCGAGGGGUUCCAUCAAAUUCUUAAGCCUCACCCAUUCUUCUCUCUCUCUUUCGUACAUUCCUUUCCAUGGCUCGCAAACGGCUUCAAGAAGCUAAAACAGGGAUCUUCUUCGCCCAGAAGUACCUGAAGAAAAUAGGCUUAGGGAAAGAGGACUACCAUUUCUGGAAGCAGGUAGGAAAGGCCUUACUAUGCACAUACACUCUCUUCGGCGCUGCGUGGUUAUACAACGAAACUUCGCCGCUUGGUUGGUUUAACCUAAAGAUAAGGCCAAAGGAAGAGAAAGAGUUGGCACAUCUCUAUGAGCGCCGGAAGUUUCCAUACCCGGGCGACGAGGAGGCGAUGAAGGAGUUCAUUGCAAAAGGUGGGAUGAUAGGGACGACCAUUGGCCCCAAAGGGAUUAUUGAGACGGACAAAGACGCUUAUAAUUAUCAGAAGGAGUUGCAAGACAAAAAAUUUGAGCAAGAGUCUUUGAAGCUGUGGAUGAGGAUGAGGAAUGAAGUCAUUUCUGAGAUUCAAGAAAAAGGGUAUGAUGUUGAGUGAUUGUUGUUGUGGAAAAUGCUUGUUAUUAGGUGAAGGAUUUUGUGGACAAUAGUCCUGCUACUUGUAGUUAAUACCGGAACUUAAUUUGAAGACAUAAUUUGUUAUGCUCAAUUCAACUUUAUUUAUUGCUAAG